AUGUCAAGCUUCUCCUCCCUUUCAUGGGAUGAUAUGGAGAUUUCAUUAACAUCAUGGAUAAGAAGUGCAGUUGAUGAGAUGGGGUUUGAGAAAAUGACGCCAGUUCAAGCAAGUACAAUACCUCUUUUUAUGAAGAAUAAGGAUGUGGUUGUAGAGGCAGUAACAGGAUCAGGAAAAACCUUAGCUUUUUUACUGCCUAUACUAGAGAAAUUAAUAAGAAGAGAGGAGCCAUUAGAAGAAUAUCAUAUAGGAUCAUUAGUAGUAUCACCUACAAGGUUUUUAAUGAAGGGAUAUACGGUGUGUUUAAAAUUAAAUAGAGAAUUAGCAAUGCAGAUAUAUUCUGUUUAUGAAAGUAUUAUGAGUAGAUCGGAGGAGAUAAAUGUUAAUUUGAGAGCCCAACUUGUUAUAGGAGGGGUAGUAAGUAUACAGCAAAAUAUAGAAGAAUUUAAUGAAAAAUCGCCAUCAAUUAUUAUUGGUACACCGGGACGUAUUGAUCAGCUUCUUUCAUUAACACAUGUUAAAACGAAGGAGCUUGAAAUUUUGGUUAUGGAUGAGGCGGACAGAUUGCUUGAUAUGGGGUUUUUUCAUGUUAUAGAAUCGAUUAUUAAAAAGUUACCCAAACAAAGACGAACAGGUCUUUUUAGCGCUACUUUAACAGAAGCAGUUGAUAAACUUGUUAAAACGGGGCUUAGAAAUCCUGUGAAGAUAGUUGUUAGAGUAGGAAACCAAGAAAAUACUAAAGAAGAUAGAUGCGUUCCUGCAAGUUUACAAAUAUUUUAUAUGAUUUUGUCAUCAGCAGAAAAAUUUAUACAACUAAUUAGAUUAUUAAAUUAUUCAUAUAUUAAAGAUGGGAUGAGAAAGUUUAUUGUUUAUUUUCUUUCUUGUGUUUCUGUUGAUUAUUUUUCUAUAAUUUUUUCACAAAUAUCAUAUUUAAAGAAAACAUUUAGGAUAUUUUCUCUUCAUGGCAAGCAAAGUUCAUCUUUAAGAGUUAAGAAUUAUAAGGCAUUUUCUAAUGCGUUAUCUGAAACACCUUCUAUAUUAUUUACUACAGAUUUGGCAGCAAGAGGUCUUGAUAUACCUAAUGUAGAUAUGGUUAUUCAAAUGGAUCCACCGUUAGAUCCAAAAUCAUUUUCUCAUCGUUGUGGAAGGGCAGGAAGAGCAGGUAGAUCUGGUAAAGCUGUCGUUAUGUUAAAUAGAGGACGAGAGGAAGACUAUGUUCAUUUUUUAAAAGUUAGAAAAAUACCAAUUCAACCUUUAGAAAGGAUUAGGAAAGAUAACAGUAUUAUGGAAGACAAGGAAGAUGAAUCUAAAGAAGAAAUACUUGCAUUGGUCAAAGAAAUACGAAAUAUCGUUAAAAAAGAUAGAGAUUUGUAUGAAAAGGGUUUAAGGGCAUUUGUAUCUUAUGUAAGGGCAUAUUCAAAACACCAGGCACAUUUUAUUUUUCGUGUUAAAGAUCUUGAUUUUUCUGGCUUAGCAUAUUCUUUUGGAUUAUUUCAUUUUCCUAAAAUGCCUGAAUUAAAAAACUUGGUUUUAGAUUUUGAGGGGGAAAAUAUAGAUCUGGACAAAUUAACUUAUGCUGAUAAAUUAAAAGAAAAGGCUAGAUUAAAAAAAAAAGAGGAACAGAAAUUAAUGAAUGAAGGAAAAAAUACUGUUUUCAUGAAAAAAAAAGUUAUUCCUUGGUCAAAAAAUAUAGAUUUAAAACAAAAGAAAAAAAAUCGUCAAAAUAAACGCAAAUAUAAAAGUCUUUUAAAGAAAAAAACAUAAUAUCUUGUUUAAAAUAUAAAGGCAUUUGUAUUAUAUACAUUUCAUC